AUGCUAUCAAGAGCUAGUUUCCAAGCUCGUCAAAGUGUGAGAACCGUUGCUCAAUUGGCUAGAUUUAAAACACCUAACACAAUUGGCAAUGAACCUGUUAAAAAUUUUGGUCCUAAAGAUGUUAAGGACUGGGACCUUUUACGUGCUUCCCUUAUGAAAUUUAGAAGCUCAUCACUAGAGGUUCCUCUAGUUGUUAAUGGUCAAAGAAUCUACUAUAACGAUGGUGGUAACCGUUCGUUCUUCCCACAGACUAAUCCUGCUAAUCACGAACAAGUCUUAGCAAAUGUGACUCAAGCCACAAAGGAUGAUGUCGUUAAGGCCAUUCAAAGUGCAAAAGAUGCUAAGCAAAAGUGGAUGAAUUUGCCAUUUUACGAAAGAGCUGCAGUUUUCUUAAAGGCAGCAGAUUUGAUUGAUACCAAAUACCGUUAUGAUAUGUUGGCUGCUACUAUGUUAGGUCAAGGUAAAAAUGUCUUCCAAGCCGAAAUCGAUUGUAUCACUGAACUUUCUGAUUUUUUUAGAUUUAAUGUGAAGUACGCUGUUGACUUGUAUAGUCAACAACCAGCAGAAUCAAGCCCAGGUGUUUGGAAUCAAGCAGAAUAUAGGCCUUUGGAAGGUUUCACCUAUGCCGUUACCCCAUUCAAUUUUACCGCCAUUGCUGGUAACUUGGUUGGUGCACCAGCACUAAUGGGUAACACUGUUGUUUGGAAACCAUCUCAAACGGCCGCAUUGUCCAACUACUUGUUGUUGACCGUUUUGGAGGAAGCUGGCUUGCCCAACGGUGUUGUUAAUUUCAUCCCAGGUAAUGCUGUAGAAGUUACUGAACAAGUUUUGAAUGACAAAGAUUUUUCAGCUUUGCAUUUCACUGGUUCUACCAAUGUUUUUAAACAAUUAUACGGAAAGAUCCAGCAAGGUGUUGUUAAUGACCUCUACAAGGAUUAUCCAAGAAUCGUUGGUGAAACUGGUGGUAAGAACUACCACUUGGUUCACCCAUCUGCUAAUAUUCCACAUGCAGUCCUAUCCACUCUAAGAGGUGCAUUUGAAUAUCAAGGUCAGAAGUGUUCCGCUGCAUCUAGAGUGUAUUUGCCUCAAUCAAAGAGUAAAGAGUUUUUGGAAAAUUUGGUUGGUACUUUACAACAACAUCAAGUGGUUCCAACAAACACAUCUGCAAGCCCCCUAAACGGUGGUGACCUACAUGGUUUCAUGGGUCCAGUUAUCCAUGAACAGAGUUUCGAUAAAUUGGCAAAAUUCAUUGAGGAAGCAAAGAAAGACCCUGAAUUAGAAAUUAUCCAGGGCGGUCAAUACGACAAAUCUAAGGGUUGGUUUGUGACUCCAACCAUUGUCAAGACCACUAACCCAAAUCAUAAAUUUAUGUCAACCGAAUUCUUUGGUCCCAUUUUAACCGUUUGUGAUUAUCCAGAUGCUGAAUUCUCACAAAUCUGUGAGACUAUUGAUAACACCAGCACCUACGGUUUGACCGGAUCCAUCUUUGCUAAGGAUCGUGAGGCUAUUGUAGAAGCCAGCGAAAAGUUAAGAUACAGCGCUGGUAACUUCUACAUCAACGACAAAUGCACCGGUGCCGUUGUUGGUCAACAAUGGUUCGGUGGUGGUAGAAUGAGUGGUACUAAUGAUAAAUCCGGUAGUGGUAAUAUUCUCAACAGAUUCGUCACCAUCAGAAACAUCAAGGAAAAUUUUUACGAAUUAACCGAUUUCAAGUACCCAUCUAACUACGAGUAA